AUGCCUUCUCUAUUUCAAAGUCUCUCUCAGCUUCCCCUACUUUCCUCACUCUUCAAUCUCUCUCCAAACAGGAACAAUAACAUCAACAACCACAAUGGCCAAUCACUCAAUCCACACCCUGUUCCAUUCACCCAACAAUGUCCAUACCCAUCAGUCCGAUCAUGUCCCUUCCCUCCGCCGCGGGACAUCAACACCUGCUGCGUCAACCACCCAUCCGGCCAUUUCUUGCAGACCCAGUUCUGGGACACCUCGCCGGCCCUGGGCGCGCCAGAUUCAUGGACCAUCCACGGUCUCUGGCCGGACCUGUGCACAGGCGGGUUCGAUCAGUUUUGCGACUCCUCGCGACGCCACGACGAUAUCCCCGCAGCAUUGAAAGCCGCGGCGCCGCCGGAAUUGAGUGGUCCCCUACUCGCCUUUAUGAAUGAAUACUGGCUCUCGUUGGACGGGGAUAACGCGCAUCUCUGGGCUCACGAGUGGAACAAGCAUGGCACUUGUAUCUCGACUUUGGAACCGACCUGUUAUGCUGAUGAUGAUGACGAUGAUGACGAUGCUAGUGCUACCGGUCAUGAUCAUCGUCAUGGUCAAACAUCUGGUCAUUCCACCGUGGAUCGCAACUACCCCGACGUCCUGGACUACAUCAUCCAAACGACCUCUCUAUUUAAGACUCUUGACACGUACACUCUCCUCGCCGACGCGGGAAUCGUGCCCUCCACCACGGCGACCUAUACCCUCCGCGAACUGGAAGAUGCCAUGGAAACAUCUGCGCACGGCGUGCCCGUGACGUUUCGCUGUAACCGAUUCGGCGAACUCGAUGAAGUAUGGUAUCACUUCGCAGUGAUGGGGUCUCUCAGAACAGAAUUGAGACGCGGUGACGGCGGAAAAGGCAGUAGGGUCAAAGACGUGGUAUCAGCACCUCUGUCCGAUUCAACAACUUAUUCUCCAUUCCUGAAUGAAUCCGCCAUCCGCGAGAUCUUCAUCCCAACAGCCCCCGAUGGAGUGAUUUCAAACUGUCCAAGACAGGGGAUCAAAUAUCGGCCGAAAUCUACGGGUCACAAGCCUGGGUGGCCUCCCGCUCCCACCGGCACGAGAAGCUUAUCAACUACAGCUACAGCCACUGCAACAGCGGCGCCAUUCUCAGGAAAAGGGCAUCUCAAAGUCCAUGUGCUUGACGAUCCUGCUGUGGCCUCCUCUCCCUCUGGCUCAACCCCCACGUCUACCUCUCCCAGCUUAGAUGCCCUGGCAGACAAAGAUGAAGGCUGUCUAAUCCGCCUCGGCGACUGGUAUACCUCUGGCACAUGCGCCACCUUCAAGGCGCAAAGGGACAUCGUCGACCCGGGCCACGCUGCCUUAUUCUCCCUUUCGUCGAGCUACUCCCCGUGUCUCAUCGACGGGGUUACGGGGAAAUUCGAAUGUACCAAGUCCAGUGCCGUGCAGAGCAUCUUCUCUUCCGACCCGGAAAGGCCGGUGGUCUUGUCUUAUCGGAAUAGCACCGUCUUCUACGCGAGCCACAAUCCCCGAAGGUUCGAAAAGGUGGGUAUCUAUGCCGACCAGGGCGAUGACGGAUCAAGGAAGAUCCCAUUGGAGAUACAUUGGAUACCUACCUGA